AUGUCCCGAUCCGGCCGGCGAGGUCCUUGGUUGCCAGAAGAAGAUGAUACUCUGUUGCAUCUUGUCCGAACCCAAGGGCCGAACAACUGGGUCAGUAUCUCCAAACACAUGCAACAUCGAUCACCGAAGCAGUGCAGAGAACGAUAUCAUCAAAAUCUGAAACCUUCUCUGAAUCACGACCCUAUUUCGCCAGAGGAGGGCGACCUUAUCGAGCAACUAGUGGGCGAAAUGGGAAAGCGAUGGGCCGAAAUUGCACGGCGGCUAGGCAACCGGAGCGACAAUGCGGUCAAGAAUUGGUGGAAUGGUAGCAUGAAUCGGCGAAAAAGGCACACGGGACCGCAGGGUGCUGCUUCAAAGACGGUGGGAUACCGGACGCAACCUAUUCUUGCUUCGGCAUCACCCCUUCCAUUCAAGCCGCUUUAUCUUCCUAGACAUCUUGCUUCUCCAUCAUUCUCAGUCUCCGGUCCAUUUCAGGGACUCGGAACCAGCCCUCCAGGCACACUAGGACCUCAAGUCCCGCGACCAGAGCAUCGAUACGACCUACUUCCGCAGCCAGACAGACAUCAACGCCCCAUGCAGACUGAUGGCAGGUCUCUCUUGUACCUGGGGUGUAAUCAGCCGACCCUGAGCCCUCUUCAGCCACACUCAGCUCCUGGCAAUCUACCAAGUCCAAGAGGAAUGCCUCUCCUGGGGCUCCAGAACUGGUCGCCAAGUCGAUCAGAAUGUCAGUUGCCCCCUCUGAACUGGACUGAAGGCCCUGUUCUAUCUCCUGCGGCGACUGAGGCCUCGCAAGGAUCGUUUAACCAGCAAGCGCCGUCGCUCGUAUCAGACAACCAGUCCAAUUGUUCUAUUUCGCCCAAGACGAUGACAUCUCCCCGUCCCGGCGGGACUGUGAGCAAACUGCCGUCUAUGGAGCUGUGGCCAGAGAUGCAACGCAGAAACAGCACAGGUAACUAUCCAGAUGCCGAGAUCGACGGCACUUGGAAGGGGCGGGACAAGGACGAUUUCCAAGCGUAUCGAUCAGCAGAGAGAGCAGGUUCGGUGAUUCCAGAAGUCACUGUUGUCCCAGGCUCGCCACGUCCACUUUCACUCCAGGAAGGCAGCAUAGGCUUGACCACGAUCAAGAGGAAUAGCCCAGCUCUACCGAGCGGCAAGAAGGAUACUCGGAUGAACGUGGCACGGCUUCUUGAAUGA